AAUAAUACAUUGUCCUGUUUCGUUUAUUGUACUUAUUUGUACUACUAAAAAAAAACUAGUUCAACAAAAUUCAUUAACACCCUUAUAAUUUUGUGAAAAAUGUGUAUAGCUUUGUUUCUUUGGCAAUCUCAUCCACUAUAUCCUUUUCUUGUUUUGAAUAACAGAGACGAGUAUCACAAUAGGCCAACGAAGGAAGUGUCAUGGUGGGAAGAAUGUGAUAUUGUGGGAGGAAGGGAUGAAAUAGGAGGAGGGACAUGGUUGGCUUGUUCUGCUGAAGGAAGAGUGGCUUUUCUUACCAAUGUUUUAGAGCUUCAUACAUGCCCUCAAGCCAAAACUCGUGGAGAUCUACCUCUCAUGUUUCUUAAGAGCAGCAAGAAUCCCAAAGAAUUUGCAGAAAGCUUAAAAACAGAGGCUCAAUAUUACAAUGGAUUCAACUUAAUUGUUGCUGAUAUUACCUCCAAAUCAAUGGUGUACAUCUCCAAUAGACCCAAGGGAAAGGCUAUUACCAUUCAAGAGGUUCCUCCGGGGCUACAUGUACUUUCAAAUGAUAAGUUAAAUUCUCCAUGGCAUAAGGUCCAACGCCUUCAAUUCGGGUUCAAAGAGUACCUUGCAAAAAAUGGGGAAGGUGAGAUACAAGUGAAGGAGGUAAUUAAAAAGCUAAUGAAGGACAGAGUUAAAGCUGAUGAAAGCAUGCUACCUCAUAUAUGCUCACUUGAUUGGGAAUUCAAUCUUAGCCCUAUUUUUGUUGAAGUAGAAACACCACUGGGUGUAUACGGCACUAGGAGUAGUGCUGCUUUAACCGUAAGAUCAAAUGGGAAAGUAAGCUUUUAUGAAGUUUAUCUAGAUGAUGACAGCGUAUGGAAGGAGCAUGUUAUUGAUUUCUAUAUCCGGAAGAAGUUGAAGUAGACAAGAGUUAGGACUUUGUAGAACUAUCGAGACAAAGAAAUUAAUAACACAUUGCUUGUUUUCUUAUGCUUAGUUGUCUUUCAUAUAUGAGGAUGGUAUCAUGUCAAUUGAUCCCUCCUCUUUUCAUUUAUAUAUUUGUAUUCCAUAAAUGUGCCAUUAUUGAGCACGACGUGUAUGAAAAAUUAAUAAAUUAAUAAAUUUUAUGAUUGAUAACAUGUAUAAGUUCCGUGUGCUA